CCGACUUGGCUGUUACAGUCGAUGGUAGGGUACUGCGGCGAACAUUCGACGGAGCACGUUGUUGGUCGUGAACAUGUAACAUUGUCAGCUGAUCACGCGUCACGAAACCGCGCAAGGUGCACCGAAAUCGCAGCGUCACAAUGCAUUAUUGCGGUGUUCACGCGCGCGCAGGUCGUCAUUAUCGACCGAAUCGUCUUGCGAUUGGAUAACACCAAGCUUCGUCGAGUGCCGCGCGAAGGGCCUGAUUUACAUAAAAGUCAUCCUCGACGAACCGCUAGUGGGAACAGACGCAAAGUGCCGAGAGAACUCGAGCGGCAAACACGCAUUGGCCAUCAGCUGUUACAUCAGCAUUUCGUGUAUUACGUUACCCGCGUGCCGGCACGUUCCGCGCGUUGCUGCAGAUGUGAACUACAUGUGCGGAUGAUAAUGUCAUGCCGGCUUGUAGAGUUUAUUACGUGACUCCAAAAGUGAUCCACAGCACUUAUCACUUAUUUACUAUACACAGCAUAUUAUCGACAAACAAAUUUUAAAGAUUAUCAAAAGAGACAAAACGCGGUUCAUCGAGUGAGAAAGCGAUAUUGGUGCAGUAUUUGUGUGAAGUUUAAAAUUGAAGCACGAUUUUAAUGUUGCCUAUGAGGAUUCCAUUGGUUUCGCAUAAAAAGAUUAGCAGCAGAGUCAAACGGGUACGUGUAAUUUUUGCAUGAGAACUAGAUUUACCCGGAAGCGGUAUUAAUCUUGAUCGACGAGUUUUUCUCGUCUUCGUUCUAAAUAUGGAAAAUUGCGUAAUUAACUCUUUUGAGACAUGUACAUAUAUAAUUAUUGUAUAAAUAACUAAAUAACUAUUGUGCUUUAUAGUUGCGUAAGAAUUUAAACAUGUAAUACAAAAAUUCAAACUUGAUGAUAGAAAAAGAUAAACGACAAUGCCUUGUUAUCGGCAUUUAAUUGCUUUCGAUCGCACCAAAUAAUUAAGAAACGAUUUUUUAAAUUGAAAAGAUUAAUUUUAUAUGCCUAUCUGCAAUGUUAUCAAAUCGACGCGGAAAGAAACAAUUAAAAGAAAAGAAUACAAAUGCUGAUAUUCGGAUAACGUAUCGAGACCACGUAUAAAAGAAUUGCAACAACACUCGAACAAUAGCUCGACACAUAUCCAGCCAAUGAUAACGAUAACUAGACAAAAAGGAGAUGAAAUAUUUAGAUAGCGAACAUUAGCGCUCUGAAAUCCUGCGGCCGAUAACGCGAAUAAUUAAAGCUAAUGGUAGAGAUAAACGACGUGUUCCUAUCUGCUCAUUAAGGAGAGACUAGUUCAGCGAAUUUCGCGCAGAUAUGCGUGCGUGUAAUGGUGACUGUAAUCGACGAGACGUGCAAUUCGAGAUGCAGACUCGGCAAGAAUGACGAGCACACAUGAGAAGCCGAAAAGAGCGUAAAAAUCCAGAUCUAUGAAGAAAUCGUUAAAAAGAGGAAUGGCGAAUCACGCAGCAGCUCAUGGCGAGAUCAAAGCCGAGAUAAGUUCGAGAUUCGAUAAGCUACAAGUCAAGAGGUCAAAAAUACGACGCUACGGAUAGAAUCCCAGAGAAAUAGAAUAUGCAGAAAAUACUUCGGAUGGAUAAAAUAUGUAUCAGUGGAGCCAACCAUGUGGCUCUACAUGAUGGCCUUCAUGUUCACGUCGGUAGUCGAGCAAGACUUCUUCAGGUACAAAGCGUGUCGGGUGGAUCAUGGAUAUUCGGAAGAAAUCUGUUCGCAUCUGAACGACGACGAUAACAUAGCAAUAAAGACCAAAGUACAGAUGACGGUCUCGGAAUUUCAUCAAUGGAACGACAUCGCCGGGCACGUGAUGCCCAUUAUCUUGGCAAUGUUUUACGGCAACUGGAGCGAUCGGCGCGGACGCAAAAUACCGCUCGUCCUCGGUUUGACGGGAAAAUUGAUUUACUCCUUCAUGGUCGUCAUUAAUUCGAUGAUGGAUACUUGGCAUCUGAACAUGGUGGUAUACACGGCCACCCUGCCAAUGAGCAUCCUCGGCGGCGACGUCGCGAUCUUCGGCAGCUGUUUCGCGUAUAUAUCGGACGUAUGCUCCGUGCAACAGAGAACCCUGAGGAUCACCAUCCUGGACGUCGUUUACCUCAGUACUAUGCCUUCGGGAGUUGCGCUCGGAUCUUAUGUAUUCAACAACGUAGUCAACUCAUCAUACACAAUCAUGUUCGCCGUAAACGCGAGUUUGCUCCUGCUGGCGAUCCUGUACUCGCUCGUGUGGCUCAAAUGGCAAACAUCAGCGCAACAGCAACCGCUCUCAGGUGUUAACUGGUUGGUGGACUUCUUCGACAUGAGGCACGUCGCCACAACGGUGCGCACGCUGGUAAAACCGAGACGGCAUCACGGCAAAUUGCAUCUAUGGUUACUUCUGCUCGCGAUGUCACUCUACACGUUCCAGAGAGACGAGAAACCCAAGAGUCAGAUGUACACCUCGCUGAUAUUCAAGUGGAACGUGACGGACUUCAGCAACUUCAAAACGUUCCAGUCGUCUCUCUUCGUUCUAGCAAUGCUCAUCGGAGUGCCUAUUAUGAGUAAACUGAUAGGAAUGAAAGACACUUUCAUCGUAGCGGUUGGAGCAAUAGCGCAUGCAGCUGGAAGAAUAGUAUUUGUCCUAGCGGAUAGACCAGAACUGUUUUACGUAGGUGCUGCUGUUGCCGCGUUGGGUCCUGUGGUAGCUCCUGUACUCAGAUCUAUGACUUCGAAACUGGUACCGGUAGAAGAGCGAGGAAAGAUAUUCGCGAUGCUCUCCGUAUGCGACAAUGCGGUACCACUUUUCAGCGGCACUUUGUAUUCUCAACUUUAUAACGCUACAAUACAUACAGCGCCAAGCUCAUUUUACUGGUUGACAUUCUCUACGCAGAUUGCCGUGCUGUUACUCAUCAUGUUGAUCCACUUCUCAUCGUGGUCCAAACACAUGACGGAAUCACAGGACAUUGACGACGAGGCUGUGAUUUCAUCUUUGCCAAAUACUUCAGAAGCUAGCUCAUCGAACGACGUAGUCACAUGAUACGUAAAAAUCUCAGCACGUGUAAUAAAGAUUAUUAGAGUCAUGCAUGCAUAAUGAAUCACAAGUCAGAAACAACAGCGAUUUUCCAUUACUAUCUUAAGGCUACUUGAAACUGCCAUUGUAUUUAGAAUAAGCUCGAACAUAUCACAAUGCGUAUAGAUUUAAAUAGCGAACAUGCUUCUUCAAUUAGAAAACUGUUAAAUUAGAAUUUUACGAGCGUCAAGAUAAAAUAAUUUGAAUUAACGAUAUUUAUGAAUGAUAAAGUUUUACUGAUAUUUCGAAUGAAUAAUUACAUGCGAGAGUAAAAAAGCAUUGUUAUAUACUAAAUGUGACAUAUAAUUUUGAUACAAAGUAGCUUCCUAAAUAAUAUUAUGUUAAACAAUGCGUGAAGUUAAUUGUUUAACAGGGAAGUAGAUUGGAAGUUUUAUUUCGCGUGAGAGUAUUCGUUAUGCAACGUUAUGAAUCGUUGCAUAUUAGUGUUACAUUAUUAAAUUUUAUUAUUUUAAGAUACUUAUAAAAAAAUCCAUUCAUUGUAAUUAGCAAAUAAUAAUAAAUAUGUUUUACGUUC